CAUGCGCACUGGCUCAUACGCUGCAUAUGCACACAUGAGGGGCCUAAUGUACAAACGUAUAUGAGAAAAUGGCACUCAGAUCACACAGAUAGCCUUCAUUUAGAUAGAGGAACAUACACACAGAGCAUAGCAGGCGUACAGAGUCAUUUCUGAGAGAUUGGACCCACCUUGGCUUUUCACAGACUCAGCUUGACGAGCUAAGGCUGAAGACAAAAGAUUAAAUCAACCCAACACGCCUUGUGAAAACCAGCCCAGCCGCCAUGCCCGGUGACGAGAAACCACAACAGGCCCGGCACAGGAAGAAGAACAAAAAGUCUCGCUCCAAGGGGAAGAGUCCUGGUGGGAGUCCCAGUGCUCAUCUUCAAGACCUUUUAGACGCACAAGAUGAUCUCUUAUCAUCCAGUCUUCUCCAGCCUCCUCCUAAAAAGCUGCCAGAGGAGAGGCCUAAAGUUGCCAAAGUGGAGGAGGAGUCAGCCCUAGCGAUCUGUCUUCAGGUCCUUUUCCCCUACCUGCUGGCUGGGAUGGGGAUGGUGCUGGCUGGGAUGGUGCUGGACAAUGUACAGCACUGGGAGGUGUUCACGGUGAUAACUGAGGUUUUUAUCCUGGUUCCUGCUCUUGUUGGGCUCAAAGGAAACCUGGAGAUGACCCUGGCUGCCCGGCUCUCCACUGCUGCCAACACGGGCCAAAUGGAUGAUCCCGACAAACAGUGGACCAUGGUGUGCAGCAACCUGGCUCUUAUUCAGGUCCAGGCGACAGUGGUGGGAUUCCUGGCAGCGGUGGCCGCCAUCUGUUUAGGUGCAAUCUCAAGGGGAGGGGUAGAACUGGAUCAGGCAGCCGUCCUGUGUGCCAGCAGCAUUACCACUGCCUUUGUAGCUGCUCUGUCCUUGGGCCUGGUGAUGAUCGGAGUGAUCAUAGGCUCCAGGAAGGUGGGGAUCAACCCUGACAACGUGGCCACGCCCAUUGCUGCCAGCCUGGGGGAUUUAAUCACGCUGUCCCUGCUGGCUGGGGUCAGCAGCACGCUCUACGAGUAUAGAGACAUCUGGUACCUGUCCCCCCUGGUGUGCCUGGUGUUCCUGACUCUGAUCCCACUCUGGGUUGUGUUGGCCCGACAGAGUCCACAGAUCAGAGAGGUUCUCCGCUCAGGCUGGCAGCCUGUUAUAGUAGCCAUGUCCAUUAGCAGUUUUGGAGGCCUUAUACUGGACAAGACAGUGAGUGACCCCAACUUUGAGGGGAUGGCUGUCUUUACACCUGUUAUGAACGGAGUGGGUGGAAAUUUGGUGGCCAUUCAGGCCAGCAGGAUUUCAACAUAUCUGCACUUCUGGAGCAUCCCAGGUGUACUGCCCAGCAAAAUGAGCCAACACUGGCCCAAUCCAUGCGUCACCUUCUUCUCUUCAGGGGUGAACUCGAAGUCAGCACGGGUGCUGCUGAUGCUGGUCAUACCUGGGCACCUUGUCUUCCUCUAUGCCAUCUCUCUGCUGCAGGGAGAUGAGGCUCCUAUCAGUGUAGCCUUCACCAUUUGCUACCUGUGUGCUGCUCUGCUCCAGGUGGCCAUCCUUCUUUAUGUUGCUGAUCUCAUUGUCCGUUUGAUGUGGAGAAGAAGCCUGGACCCUGACAACUUCUCCAUCCCCUACCUGACAGCUCUGGGGGACCUGCUGGGCACCGGUUUCCUGGCCCUCUGUUUCCGCUGCGUCUCACUCAUUCAGAGUUUGGGCCUGUGAAGUUUUUCCCCGCCACUAACUGAACACCGAGACGACACACCUGUCUUAUUGCGCCACCUUUGCUUUGUUCUAAAACAAUUCUUAGAGUUUCUUUCAAUCGUUAUCACAGAUCCAGUUCAAACUGAAGCGUUACAAGUCCUAGCCUUUAAUCUCUCACUCUAGCGCCUCCAUGUUCUGCUUUGUCUCAGUGCUUCAUUUGAGAGAGCAUCUGCCAUAGCACUUAUACAUGCUGAUAGAUUUCCGGCACUUGGCUCUGUUUGCUAGAUUACCAUCAGUUGUGUCAGUACGGAGAGCAGUUGGUCUGUUUAAAGUCAAGUCCUCAGUAAAAUAUUCCCAGUGAUCUGCCCAUAAACCGUGUACGCUGGAGGACACACAGGCAUAUGAGAAGAGUUCAUAGUUUUUAUCAUGAUUGGUACGCGUGUAAUUCCUGGUGCAGUGGAUGAGGGAUGUUUUGUUAUCUUGUCUAAAGGCUCUUCGCUCCAUUGCUAUUCACAGAACUGACUUUAAACACGAAGGAUGAUUUGUUGUAAUUUUAUUGGAAACCUAAAGGCCGUCAUCUGGUGACCUCAACUGCCCAACGUUCAUCCUGACCAGCCUGACUCAAAAAUCUGAUCUUUUUUCAAUCAGUGAACAUACAAUCCUCUGUGUAGAACUUGCUACCAUGGUAAGAAUACACAGCUUAGUCUGUUUUUAUUGUCAGCCAAAAUGCAGGGGGAAGAAUAAAAGAUUUUAGCCGAUUUUA